AUGGAUUUCAGGAACACAAAUGCCAGGCGACAUGGAACGCGAGCUCGAUCGUAUUCUGGAGGAAGAGGUCGCUCGAGGCAGCAGGAUGGAAGAGCUGCACCAGUGGUUGUCUCAGCUCAGGGCGCAAGUGAUGCAGUUAACGUAGCAGAAUCUGCAACAGGUACUACAUUCGGUUUCUCGGUGUGCCCUAAGCGUUGCAAAUCUGCGGAACGUGCCCAAACAAAUCGCAUCCUUGUUCAGGGAAGACAAAAUGUCCCACCUGAAGACGAUGAAAACAAGCUGACCAAGCUCCUUACAUCAGAGUGCGACGCAAUACUCUCGGCGCAAGAUCCCUUGAGCGAAACAGCCGCGAGAGUCAAGAAAAUGGCGUCCGAAACACAUGUAAAACACAGUGAGGAGCUAUCGCCUAUUUCCGAUCAGGCAUAA